AUGUCUUGCCCAAAACAAUUCCAUUUUCAAAGCAUGUGGAUCACCCACCUAGGUUUCAGGGCUGUAGUCAGCAGAAUUUGGAAUCAACCUGCAGAAGGAGGGGGAAUGCGGGCUCUCGCUUUUAAGCUAAAGCAGGGCCUUUGGUCUUGGAACCGUGACACUUUUGGGAAUGUUUUUGACCGAAUAGAUUUGGAACAAGCAACAACGGAGGCUGAGAAUGCUUUUGAUGAAGACCCUUCGCCUGUCAACCGUGAGUUUCUACACAAGCAGCGAGCGGACCUUCUUCAGCCUUUCAAACAGGAGGAAAUAUUCUGGAAACAAAAGGCUCGCGUGAAGUGGCUUAAAGAGGGAGACUCUAACACCCGUUUCUUUCAUUCUGUGGUUAAAAACAGGGACCGAAUGCAGCGAAUUAGUGCUAUCAGAAGUGGCACAAGGGAGCUCUUCACGACUCAAUCUGCUAUACAGGAAGAAGUAGCAUCUUUUUACUUCAGGCUAGACUGUUCAGGCGUGGAACCUCUUUUACAAUGCCUUCCAACGAACCUAAUUGACGCAGACAUCUCUCAUUUAACCCUUCCUCUCUCAAGCGAGGAGGUUAAAGAAGCGGUGUGGAAGUUGGAUCUAGACAGCGCAGCUGGCUCUGAUGGAUUCUCGGGAGCUUUCUUUAGAAGUUGUUGGGACAUUGUAGAAGAAGACGUUUUCAUGGCGGCCCGGGAUUUCUUCUCCGGCGUACCUCUACCUCGCGCGAUGCGGUGCCGGGGAGCGAAUGUUGCGGUGAAGCUUGAUAUGAUGAAGGCCUUUGAUCGGCUUUCUUGGCCCUUUCUGGAUAGGUUUGGGUUCCCUGUGGCUUUCACUAAUCUGGUCUUGAACAAUCUGGAAGCAACACGCUCACUGAAGGCUCUUUCAGAUGUGCUAAAACAAUAUCAGGCCGGGUUCGGACAGAAAAUCAAUUAUAACAAGAGCUUCUUCGUUACUUCCAAGCACUAUUAUACGGGAAGGUUGUCCACAUUGUCGCACAUUCUGUCUAUGCAGCACUGUACUCUACCUUUCCGCUACCUCGGAGUAAACAUGUUCGCGGGGAGUAACAGAGUACAUUACUAUUAUCAUCUUCUAGAACAAGUUAACAGCAGGCUUCACUCUUGGCAACGCAAGCUGCUAUCUCCAGGAGGGAGGCUGACUCUAAUUAAGCAUGUAUUGGCAAUGAUCCCGUUAUAUACAAUGGCUUCUGUACCUUUGCCAAAGCAAAUUGAAAAAGCUCUUGAGUCAAAGUUCGCUAUGUUUUUUUGGGGAAUCAUAGAUAGAAAGCCGAAACGGCAUUGGCUGGCGUGGAAAAAACUCUGCUUACCGACUGAAGAGGGCGGUUUGGGUGUCCGCUGUCUUGCGUCCAUCCAAGAAGCGUUCUCUGCAAAGCUGUACUUCAAUUAUCUAAAAGGGGGUACCUUGUGGAGCUCAUUCAUGCAGGAACGCUAUCGUGGUGAUUUCUCAAUUACAGCUGCCUCGCACACCUGGAGGAGAAUGCAGCUCGUGAGGGAUUUGGUGGAGGAAAAUACAACAUCAUCAGAGUCAGUAUUGUGGAUGCCGUCGAUUUAUGGUAACUUCUCCUUCUCUGUUUACGAUUUGGUCCGGCCAACGGUAGGAAGGAGUUUACCCUCAACAGCCAUUUAG